CCAACGCACUUGGUACUGGUCUGCGGGUGGCAGAGGGGUUUAAGCUUCUUGUCAUGUGGAGAUCAGCCUUCAUUUAAUCCUUCGGAGGUAGGAGGUAGACUGGUAGAGAGUAAGAGAGAGGAGAGAGCGAAAGAGGAAAGAGAGAGAGUGAGAGAGAGAGGGGCAGGGGGAGAGUGAGAGGCAAGGUAGUGGUUUAAGAACCCCAUAGCCCAAAGCAAGCCGUAGAAAGAGUGUGUGUGUACAAACACUAAGGCUCAAUAGUAUUAGCUGUUUUAUUUGGGGGUGGAUUUUCUGGAUUUUCUUUCAUUUACCGAGAACUUUGGAAUCUCCUGCCGGCAUUUUGUGAUUCUCAGAGCUUGAAAAACAUUCUCGUCCUGAGUUUUCCGGAAUCCUGGACACAUCUGAAAGUCGUCCCUCAACAACUUGGUAGCUAUUCCUCGGUUUGAGUCCUUCUGUAUGGUUGGAAAAACUUUACUGCUACUACUUUCAAACACCAGAAACGCUGGGACAUUCCGUCUUACUUGUUUUAUGGAAUAUUGGUUUUCAACACUCUGCGCUUCUCUCUUGGACUUAAUCUAGAACCUGGAAUUGUUUUGGAAUUUCAGUCUUAGUACCUUUUAUUACAAAAUCAGUUUUCUCUCAAUUUCCUCAAACUUUCCCAAUGGCUCAAUCAAUUUCCUGCCCAAACACAGAUCUAUCAAAUGGAGCAACUGUCCACAGCCCAAUCUGUAUUUCUUCAGAUGUGGAUACCCAGAGAGAGAGGCAGGAUGAGGAGGGCGAUGAAGAAGAUGAGGAAGUGGAACUAGCAGAGGAGGUAGGGGAAGACGUAUUGAUGAUGGCCGAACCAGUGCUUGGCCAAGCUGAAGAAAAAAGUCGAGAACACAGUGAAACGGAGGAAGGGGGGAUUAUCGAAGUGGCUCUGUUACCGAAUGGAUUAAUAACAGAGGUGGAGGGAGCCAUCGGAGGACUUGAGGAAAAUGAGGAAAAUGAGGAAAAUAGGGACGGAGAAGAAAAAGUGGGAGGUGGAGAGCAGAAAAACACAGAUGAGCAGUCAGCAGAGACAAAAUGUGAAGACACAAACAUGAUGACAGAAAAUCCGUGUCUUUCUGCAGUAUUAGUAGACUGCAAUAUAGAACACGAAGAAGAAACAAAAGAAAACCAACAAGAAGAAGUACCGGCAAGUGCAGAAAUGGUAGUAAGCGACAAAGAAACAGAUGAGGGCACCAGUGUCGAAGUGGCGCAUCCUCAGGAUUUGGGUACUCAGUUAGGAGAGAGUACACAACUAUCUGCUGAUGACUCACAAGCAUCAGAAUUUGCUACUUUGCUCUCUACUGGUGAGGUAAUAGAAGAUGUUGAUGAUCUAGAAAUAGAUGUAACCGCUGUCACCGCUGGGGUAAAUAACAUGGAGGACAUUCAAGGUACUCUAUGCCCUACCUCAACUCCUAGCACUGACUGCAUACCCGUUGAUACAGUUGGUACAACUGAUGAGGCUAAUCAAUUAACACUUGAGGAGACAAUUGCGGAGAUGCCGGGGAUUGACAAGAAGGAGGAAGAGGAAAACCAACUUGUUGGGUUUAACACUCCAUCCGUGAUUGAUGAGAGAGGGACGAGUGGAGAAGAGGAGGGGGAGGAAUGUGUCAAUGUUGUUGGGGAGUUAAUGGGUGAGGAAGAACACAGAGGAGAAGGUAAUCUAGAAAUGCAGGAAGAAGAAGUAGUUUCUCUUGAAAACUCAGGUAUGGUCGCUCAGUCAGAACCAACGGUGAAGGAUGAAGAUGUGACACCUGUAGACACACAGCAAGACUUUGGUUUGGACCAUGUGGAGGAAGCCUUUGAACUGGGGGAAGUGGGAGCAGUUGAACUGGACAAGCUGGGAGGUGAGGUCACAUCAGAGGAGAAUGAAUCCUCAACAGGUGAGGGAGGAGGUUCUCAAGAACAACCCUCACAGCUUCUUGAAGAACUCACAGACACAGACAGCUCAAAAGAAGAGCUAAAAGAAGAAGCUAUUGUAGAAGAUGAAAAGGGAGGAGGAGGACAAGAGGAAGAAACGACAGAGGGGGAGAUAGAGAUGGCGGAAGAGCCCGUAACCGUUCUUGAUGACGAGAUUGAAGAGACAGAGGAGAGCCUGGAUAGACAACCUGAAGAACAGAUUCCUGCCGCAAUUGCAAGCCUGUCUGAUGAGGCCACACCCGAGACAAAAGAGCAUGAAGAGCUGCAUGAAAAGGAUGCUGAGGUUUCCAAAGAGGAUGACAUGAAACAGAAAGAUGAAAAAGAAGAAACAAAUAAGGACAAGACGCAGAAAGAGGACAAAAGAGAGGUAGAGUUGGAUAUAAAUGGAAGAGUCAAAGGACUGAAGCAAGCAUUGGAAACCGAACGCUUGUGUCCUGAGCCUCAGCCUCUUAGGAAGGAAGGGUGGGGGAAAGCAAGAGUGCUGUCACCUAGGAGAAAAGACAGUGACUGGAUUAAAAAAGAUCAAUUAGAGGAAGAGAUAGCCCCGGAACCAAAGGAAUAUGAGAAAGAACUGAAACCUGUUAAAAAAGACAUUCGGGGGGCUGAGAUCAUAAGGAAAGAAUGGACAACGAAAAACACACUGCGUGAAGAGAAAUCUCCAACAAGGAAGGAGGACUGGAUAAAAGAGCUGAAGUCAGUGAUCAAAGACGAAUCCCUGCCCAGAAAAAGAGACGAGAAUGUGAAGAAAAAGCGGGUGGUGCUAAUGGAGGACGGCCAUUCAUAUGUUCGUGAGCGGGAGGAGGUAACAGAGGAGGUUAGACUGAUCUCCCAUAGGAGAGUGUCAAGCCCAUUGCCCCCCAUGUGCGGGAACAACAGAACUCUCCAUGAUGAGGACCACAAGAUCUCACUUUAUGUUAAGGCAGGAAGCGAUGGGGAGUCCAUCGGCAAUUGUCCUUUCUGUCAGAGACUCUUUAUGAUUCUGUGGCUGAAAGGAGUUCUCUUCAACGUCACCACCGUCGACCUCAAGCGUAAGCCCGCUGACCUCCAGGACCUUGCUCCCGGAACUAACCCUCCUUUCAUGACCUUUAACGGUGACGUGAAGGUUGAUGUCAACAAAAUAGAGGAGUUCCUGGAGGAGAAACUGACCCCGCCCCGCUAUCCCAAACUGGCUCCCAAACAUGGUGAAGCCAACACGGCCGGCAUUGACAUCUUUGCCAAGUUCUCCGCAUACAUCAAAAACUCAAGGAAAGACACCAACGAUGCCUUAGAAAAAGCCUUGCUGAAGUCCCUCUCGCGCCUCGACGAGUUUCUGAGGACUCCCCUUUCGGAGGAGAUCGAUGCAUAUGCCUCAGGAGACCUGCCCGAGUCCUCGAGGAGUUUCCUGGAUGGGCCUGAGCUCACCCUGGCUGACUGCAACCUGCUACCUAAACUGCACAUCCUAAAGGUGGUAGCCAAAAAAUACCGGGGCUUUGAGAUCCCGGCAGAGAUGACACGGGUGUGGAGCUAUUUGAACUGCGCCUACCAGAGAGAGGAGUUCACCAAGACCUGCCCUGCCGAGAGGGAGAUCGAAUUUGCCUAUUUGGAUGUUGCAAAACGAAUCAAAUGAGAGUCCGGAAAAGUGUCUCAUAUAAUAACAGAUUCAAGAUGCUAGAAAAAGAAAGAAAACUAGUAACAGGGACAGAAAUAGCACAGUUAGGUGUUUGGGGGAAGUCAAGUGUCCAUAUUGCAGUUUUCUCUGGCAGAAAAGCCUUGGGGCAGUGCUAGGUCAGAAAAACGCUGCCAAGCUGCUUGUGGAUUUAAUUUUUCUAUGUCUAUAAGAGCACAAUAACACGGCAUGCUCACAGGAACAGCCCACAAAUAGGUUACCGUCCACUGCGGUCAUUUCUAUUCGAUGUAUACUUUAAUUCAAGAUAGCCCAAUGGUAUAUGGACAAUGAACCUAAUUAAUCCACAUGAUGAUGGGGUUUCCUUUCCAUUUAGUCCUUUUGAAUGGAAUUGUAGUUUGUUUGACUCACUUGUCCCAAACAACCUCUCAAUCCCUACCCACUUGACUGGUGGUCUCUGUUGGCAUAGCAAUUGUCAAGAACACAGGACCUCAAUCAAGUACCUACAUCCUAGCUCUGCAUACCAGCCACAUCUGACCAAUACUUGGAGUGGUGGUUUACAGUGAUGCGUUCGUUUUCUCAAUCUCAACCCUAACCCCAACCCUAGCCCUAACCCUUUCUUGACAAAAUUGUUUGACUAAUAAUCUCAAAUUUCUCUUUCCUAGCAUCCUGCUACCCAAUUCCAAUUACCAAAUCCCACUGUAUGUGCCUCCUUCACUAGUAUGCAGAUUUAUGUAUCAAGCAUGUUACAUACCCCUAUUGGAGUCCCUGAAAGAACUUAGAACUAACUUAGAACCCUAACUUAGCCACGCGACCGGCGCCGGUGGUAUUUUGUUUUCAGUACAAGGUCUGAAAACAAUGCAUCUCAGUUACAUUACACAAACAGACAAUACUAAGGAAAGCAACCUUACUACAGACGAGCAGACAUACAUACAUAAAGACACAUACAUGUAGGUGUAGUGGCAGUCAUUGUUUUAACAUUCCAAGUUCUGACAGCUGUGGGGAAAAAACGUAAGCUCUACAGUGGAAAGGUGGUCUGGAACCACUCCACUGGGAGCCGAUUAUGACCCUGCAAUAAUCUUCCGGACUAGUAACAUCACGUUUGUGGGCUUUAUGUGGUGAUGGACAGAAAAGUAACAGCGUUUUAGUCAUCUAGUGGCGUUGAAUUUGUCAACAACGAAAUGGAUCUGAUCGGCUGAAACGCAGCCCAUAAUGAAAUCCAAAUGGGGCAUGAUUGGGUUAUGGCAAUGCCAGGCUAGCUGCCCUCCCACAUUUCAGUUAAUUAUGAAUUAUGUAAGCACGUACAAAAGACAAUACUCAAGAGACGUUUAGUACAUUUACCGGUUGUGGAUAUGUGGAAACUGGAAGACAUCAGAGUGUCUGAAUGUUGUUUGGUGUUAUAAAGAAGAGAAUUGACUUUGGUAUAUGAGUCAUAUAACCUCUAUCUCUGGCAGAUGUCUAUUUAGGAUUUUUUAACUAGUUCAUUUCCCCUUGAUAAUAUUGCUUAGUACAGCACAACGUUGUGCAUAAUGUGAUUUCAUUUUUAUCCUUUAAUUCCUCUGCUAAACAUUAAUGAAUAUAAAUAGCAUUUAAAGUCCUGGCUGUCGAAGAGUGUUUUGAAUAUAUACAUUUUAUAAGCAGUCAAUUAUGAUGUCGCAAUGAGACUAUUUACUCAUACUGUGAUUUUUUUUUUGGACACAUGUUUUGUAAUGUAUCAAAGUGUGGGCAGGCCUGUGCUCUGGUUAGUUUGUCAAAGUGACACAGUGUAGCUGUAGCUUAGCUUAGUAUAAAAAAUGAUUUAAGCUGUAUAAUACAUCCAAAGUUUCAUCUCAUGUCAUCUAUUACCGUCUCUCUGACUAACAUGACAAAGUCGUAUGUCACACAUAAUAUUAGUCAUACAAGGUUUCUGUCUCAAGAGAACCAUUGGUGAUUUAUUUUCCUUGUUUUUAUAAAAUUGUUAAAAAAAACAAAACAAAAAAAACAUAUACACUCAGCUAUGGGUAUUUCCAAGACGUUGUGAUUCAGGAGGUUGGAGAAAUCACCCUUUUUCAAUUGUUUUGUUUUUUCUGCCUUAAAAAAAAAGUGGAUUAAAGUCUUUUUUUCCCUUUAGUUCCCUUUAAAGCAGCUUUAUUUAAAUAAACUCAUUUGUUGGACA